AUGAGUGACGGACGAAUACGGUUAAGUGGAAGUCAGUACAAGAAACGUAGGUUGGAUAAGGCUGAGAGAGAACGUAGUAUCGUAGAAAAAACUCUUAAAAUUGAUAGUUUCUUUAAUCAACCGAAAGUUGUUAAUCAACUAAAUAACUUUGAAAAACCAGCCAUUUCCAUUGCUGAUUUUUCAAAACAGCUACUUCCCAUUACUGGUUCGGAUAAUAUCAAAGAAAUUGUACCAACAGCUUGUGACAUAGACCCUAAUUCUAAUUUUACCUCAAAGUCCCCAGAGCCAACUACUUCGUCUUCUAUUACUAAUAUCAAUCAAAGUAAUAAUUUGGCAGUUAAUUCUAAUGUGAUUGUAAAGGAUCCAACUUUAUGGGUAAUAAACGAUGCUACACGUAAAUACGUUUUGCAGCAUGGAAUUAACCAAGAUCAUGUUCAUGAUAAAAAUUUUGAUUUUUCCCGCUCAAAGAGACUUUGUGGUAAGCAAUAUCGAUAUUUAAAUGAAUCUUUCUUUAAAACCCAACUUGCCAAUGGCCAAAUAGUAAAGCGAUCGUAUUUAAUGUACUCAGAAAGUUCUGGUUCAGUGUUUUGUGUUUCUUGUCAAUUAUUUGGUGGAACAACAAAAAUAGCAAAAGAAGGAUUUGACGACUGGAAGCAUGGCAAUGAUGCAUUGAAAAAUCACGAGAAUUCUUUUGAACACAAGUCGUGUGUUUUAGAAAUGAAAAUGAGAUCAAACACUCUUGGAAAAAUUGAUACACAUUUUUCUUGUCAAAUAGAAACAGAGAAAAAGUACUGGCGCAACGUUUUAAAACGGGUUAUAGCCACUGUCCGUGCUUUGGUAACUGCAGGUUUAUCUUUAAGAGGUCAUAUCGAGAAGUUUGGUUCGUCAAGCAGUGGUAACUUUAUAAUGUGUCUUGAACUUAUUUCUGAAUUCGAUCCUUUUUUGGCAGAGCAUAUAGCUAAGUACAGUAAUCCAGGUCAAGGCCACACUUCAGGUCAAUCAUAUGAUAAUGCCAUGAAUAUGUCUGGAAAAUAUGCCGGAUUACAAGCUAGAAUUAAUGAAAUUUCUCCAAAUGCUGUAUACUCUCCCUGCUCAGCUCAUUCCCUGAAUUUAGUUGGAGAACAUGCAGCAAGUUGUUGUAAAGAAAGUAAUGACUCUUUUCUUCUUCUUCAAAAUUUGUAUGUAUUUUUUUCAAGUUCUACUUAUCGCUGGGAAAUAUUACAGAGACAUUUAACACAGCGUGAAAACAGAACUCUAAAAGGCUUGUCACAAAUACGAUGGUCAGCCCGUUAUGACGCGUGUCAGAGUCUUAAUAAAGAUUGGAAUGAAAUGAUUGAGGCUCUUACAUCAAUUGCAGAAGAUGAAACAGAAAAAUCUUGUACUCGAUGUGAAGCUUCAAGUAUCCUCCGACAACUACAACGUCUUGAAGCAGCUAUUCUUUCUUCAGUAUGGGAUAAUUUAUUACAGAGAUUUUAUUUUUCUAACAAGAAGCUCCAAGCAGCUGACAUUGAUCUUUAUACUGUAGCAGAACUAUACGGUUCACUAAUAAACUAUGUUGAAAGUAUUAGGAAAACUUUUGAUACCUACGAAAAUGCUGCUCUUAAAAAAUCAUUUGUUACAGAGUAUGAAGAUAUAUCGAAAAGAAAAAAGAUAAGAAAACUCCAAGACGAUGAAUCACGAAAUUUUGAAACCGAAUUUAUUAGGCGAGAAAACUUUAAAAUCAAUACUUUUUAUGUCAUAAUUGAUAGAAUAGUUGCAGAGUUAGAACGUCGAAAAGCAGUCUAUGAAAAGUUAAGCACGAGUUUUGGUUUUUUAACUAAAGGAAAUACAAUGGAUGAUAAAACUAUUGCUAAAAAUGCUGCCAGAUUAAGUAAUGAAUACAAAGAAGACUUGCCAGAUUCAGAAUCGUUUCAAAAUGAAUGUCUCCAUUUCUUUGGAUUUUUAAAAAAUUUAAAUGAACCUCCAAGCACUAUUCGAGAGAUGCAAAAUGAUUUACGAUAA